AUGGAGCCGCAUUCUGGAUCGCAUGUGCCAGUUUUGCGGAUGGAGAUACGUCGUCUGGAGACUUCAAACCAGCAAUGGCGAUCAUGGAGGCGUAAACGGAGCCAGGACACGUUAAACGACCAAAGUAUAUUCGCAUUCACUCUCUCGGAAGACUCGACGUACCAUAUUCUCUUUCCCCACAUUGUCAACGUGUCGCUGGAGGACAAGGUCGACAAGGACCAGUCAGUAACCGUUGCCUCUUCGUCUGGACUCAGCGACAAGGACAUUGAGAAGAUGCUCGUCGAAGAUGAUAAGGCUUGCAGGGCCUUGAUUGAAGAGGGAAACAAGGCUGAGCCGGUUUUGCGGAUGGCCAUACGUCGUCUCGGGGCCUGA